AAUCUCCAUGUGAGACUUCCGGCGGAAGUAAACCAGAAGGCGUUAGCAGCGUUAGCUUCCAGGAUUCAUUCUGUAUAUCUUUGGUUAGAAGAGGUUUUUUGCUGUGUGAGCUGAAAAUUUCAGUGUCUGCAUAAACAAUAUCUUCUUUUCAUCAUGAGAGAGAAUUCACCAGAGUCUAGCUGCUGCUGCGGGAGAAAUAUUGAACUUCAUUAACUUGAAUGGAAAUGCCUGAUUUCAUGAAAAGCGUCUGUGAAUGUCCUGAUAAAGCGAUAUAAAGGUCUGAUGUCAUAAUUUGGAGGAGGAUAUCGAUCAUCAGCUCAGACUGUCGGAUAUCAGCUGGAAAACUCAAAUUAUUUCGGAACCUCCCGUUUUCUUUGUGAAACGCAGCGCAGGGCUGCAGCACCGGAAGAGUCCAGUGUUCGUGUCUUAAGACCCUCCGGGUUUCCUGACGUCACUGUGGCUGUAAAACCAGACAGGUGGCUGGACGACGUGUAAACAUGGAGGACUGACACAAAGACUCGUGUUUCAGGGGGUCUGUCGGCUUUAGUAAACAUCAUGUUUAAUUGAGAGAUAUUUUGCCUAUGUUUACAAUAUUAUUUUUAAAAACUAAUUUUAUAUGUUACAGUAAAGGACAUUAGUAAAAUAAUAAUCCUUAAAGUCCAGAUUGUAUUAAAUGAACUUUAAACAUUUGCAUUAAUGUUCUACUGUUCUUCCCUCAGGUCUUGCGCAGCAUCAUGUCUGUUACUACUUCAGAUGUUCUGGUUGAUGAUCAGAGACGGAUAAAAGAGGAGCAGGAGGAACCAGAACCUCAGCCAAUCAAAGUAGAACAAAUUCAACUGUUGAUCUUUCAGGAUGAAGGGCAGCUUUUAGUGAAACAGGAGAGCAGCGCCUCAAUGGUGACUGCUGCUGAUGAGGAAUUACUCCACAAUGACCCAGAACUGGAGCAGAGGAUGGAGACGAAACAGGAUCCAGAACCUGUAGAGAUUAAAAAGGAACCAGCAGAUCCAGAACCUGUGAAGAUUCGAGAGGAAGAGAAGGAUAAGGAUGAAGAUCAUCUUACAGUGAAGCAGGAGCCUGAAACCAUUAUGGUGUUUCCAACUACUGAGCAAACAGACAGGAAGCAGCUCCUCUCUGGAGUCCAGGCUGAAGAUGAGAACCAAGGAAGCAACCAGAACCACUCAGGAUCCAGUAGAGAUGAAGAUCUGCAGUCGGAGCAGAAACCUCUUGACUCCAGAAAUCUGAGGGACAAUUCAGAACUAGAAAGGCAAAAAUCUGAUUUGCCCCUCUGUAGUGUAUGUGGUAAAUGUUUCACUAAGCCUUACUACUUAACUGCUCACCUCAGAACUCACACAGGGGAGAAGCCACAUCCUUGUGACAUGUGUGAUAAAUCUUUUAGCACAAGAAGUAAUUUAAUACGUCACCUCAGAACACAUACUGGUGAAAAACCAUUUCUAUGUGACAUGUGUGAUAGAGCUUUUAGCACCAGAAGUAUUUUAACUUGUCACCAAAGAACUCACACAGAUGAAAGACCAUUUCAUUGUGAGUUGUGUGAUAAACUUUUCAGACGCAACAGUCAUUUAGCUGAUCACCUUAAAACUCACACAGGUGAGAAGCCACAUCCUUGCAAACUGUGCGGUAAAUCGUUCAUACAGAAAGUUAAUUUGGCUGAUCACCUGAGAACUCACAGAGCCGAGAAACUGUUUAGUUGUGAAUGCUGUAAUAAACGUUUUGUACAGCAUCGUGCUCUGAUCUGCCAUAUGAGAAUUCAUACAGGUGAGAAACCAUAUUCUUGUGAACUAUGUGAUAAAUCUUUCAGAUUGAGAAAAAGUUUAGUUUGUCACCUUAAAACUCACACAAGUGAGACUGGCAGGAAAUCAUAGCUGCUGC